UAAUGCCCGGCUUCUUCUUUGGAAUCGGCCGUAGUCUGCAAGCAGGCAAGAGCAGCAAAAAGGUCCCAAUUAAAAGCGAGUCGUAGAGGUUUCACAGUGCGUGCGCGUCGCCAUCAUCGCUGUUUCCUCGAGUUGCUCCUGCUGCUGGUGCUGCUUAUUCGACUGCUCUGGGCCCCCUUUCGCGGAGUUUCGACCGAUCUAUCAUUUUGGGGAGCGCAGCAUCUCUAUAUCCCCCUCGGCGACCUGACCCCCCCGCUCCCUCCCGCACGCCCCACCCCGCUCGUCGACGGUGGUAGUUAGAGCAUAGGCUCAGAUACUCUCUUAUGUGUGUGACAAGUGUGCCAAAAAGUGUUUUUACUACCCUUCUGUAAAACUUCUUAUGCUAAACAAGAUCUACCUCAGAAAGACUUAAAAGUUUACUUCUAAAAAAAAUGAUAACAUCUUUGGCAGACAAUAAAGACUAGGCAGUACAAAUUGAUACAGGUUUUGCCUUAAAGGAGCUUAAUUAUUAGAUCAAGUAAAUUCUACCUUCAAAAUAGAAAUUAUGAAGCCUUUUGAAUAGCCUUGAAUGACCAGAAUUCACUACAAAAAGUUCUACAGUGGAGAAAAAUCCGAAAAAGAUCUAUCGCUUAUAAUGAGUAGCCAUGCGAUAAUGGCAGGACAGGCGAUGUUUUCUCCGUUCGAUACCGAUGAUUUCACCCCCGAACCCCCGGCGCCAUCUGCCAUUCCCGUGGGACACGUGGACAUGUCUGACCAAUCAGCAACGAUGCUAACCAACGUACCCAUUCAUAGGACUGACCUGUCCGAUGCUAGAAUUCCUCCGACGAAGUAUAGCGCGAUCGAAGUUAAAAAGGAGCCAGAGAUUGAAAUAAAAUACGAAGACUUACGUUCCUUCGACCAAGACAGCCUCUUAGAAAUCGACUCGCAUAUGAGCGAAGACGCGGACCUGCGACACUCGAGACUUAUGAGUUCCGAAUAUAAUCCCCCUGUACAUAUUAUAAAUAGUUUAGACUUUUCAAUUGCAGAAACGAACGACAGUAGCGAAAAUAGCGAUUUAAACAGUACAAAAACAAACGGACACGGUGAUUCCAGUGGAAGAAGUCAAAGUGGAAGCGGACCAAAAACGUGGACGCAGGAAGAUAUGGAUAUGGCCCUUGACGCUUUGAAAAAUCAUAAUAUGAGUCUGACGAAGGCUUCUGCAACGUAUGGUAUUCCUUCGACGACUUUAUGGCAAAGGGCGCACCGUAUGGGUAUCGAUACGCCCAAAAAGGAAGGCCCUACGAAGUCAUGGACUGAGGAAAACCUUAAUAAUGCCCUGGAAGCUUUAAGGACGGGUACAAUAUCUGCCAAUAAAGCUAGUAAGGCUUAUGGAAUUCCAAGUAGUACAUUGUACAAAAUAGCGAGAAGAGAAGGAAUAAGACUGGCAGCACCAUUUAACGCGGCACCAACGACCUGGACCCCCGAGGAUUUGGAAAAAGCGUUAGAAUCAAUUAGAACAGGUCAGACCUCCGUCCAAAAAGCUUCCACAGAGUUCGGAAUACCCACUGGCACUCUCUAUGGCAGGUGUAAGAGAGAAGGUAUUGAAUUGUCUAGAUCAAAUCCAACCCCUUGGUCUGAAGAUGCUAUGGGGGAGGCCUUAGAAGCAGUAAGGUUAGGUCACAUGUCCAUAAAUCAAGCAGCCAUCCACUAUAACUUGCCUUAUUCUUCCUUAUAUGGUAGAUUUAAAAGAGGAAUCAAAUACGACUCUGACAAUAUUGAGAUCCAACAAGAAAAUACGCAAAUUCCAAUUGAACCUCAACAUCAAAUGGAAUUGCACACAUUCAGCGAUCUUCAGUUCAGUAACGGGCAACCGGUCCACUAUCCAAACCUUCAACCAAAUAGCUGAAAAUCGGUCCUAGAAAUCGGCUUGGGUCUUUAGAAAAAAACUCUUUUUUAGUAUUUAUUUCUUGUUUCUAAAGAAAUAAUUUAUUUUGCUGUAUGUAAUUGAUAUACGUAAAAAAUGCGCGCUUAUUUUGGAGUAUGAAAACAUUGAGGUAGAGAAAGUAGGAUUAGGAUCAUGGCUUCCGUUUUAUUUUAUACUCAAUGUAGUUCGAUUCUUUUGAAAAGCAUCACUUGGUUUUUACAACUGUAUUUUAUUAAAUCGCUGUUUAAAUGUUACAAUAAAUGUAUAUUUAAGGGUGCAACUAUAUUGUAAAUGCCUAAAUAAGAAAUUCACAAUUUCAGUCUUAAAAUAAUAUUAAGAAUAAAUGUUUUACGUGGAUAUGCGAACGAAUUGGUCUAUACACUUAGGUUUCUGUACACUAACCCAACGUUAGGUCUGAUUUUCUGUUGAUAAGUAUUUCCAAAACUGAAAGACUAUUAUUUUGCUUUGGAUUGAUAAUCGUAGAUUAGGGUGAACAGAAUUCAUGGGGGCGAGAAUGUCCAUGUGGUCACAAGAAAGAACUAUCUUCCAUUAUCGAUUCCAGAUUUUUAACUUUAAGUGAAAUUGAGGUAUGGCUUUAAAAGGCUAUAAAAGGAGAAAUAGGAUAACCAAUUGCAGUUUUUUAUAGAAAUGAAUAUAUAGGUUUGUUUCUCUAUUUUCAACAAAGAGAGGGAGAAAACUCCAAAUUUAAGAAGAAAAAAAUACUAUCAGUGCUCUUUACAAAAGUAGUUUUUAAAUUACAAGUUGAAAAAUGCUAAAAAUAUAUUUCCUCUCUAAGGACUUGGUAAAAGUUUUCCCCAAUUUCAGAUCUUGCAAAGUUUCUCUAAUAUAAUAUUCUAGUAAUGAUUUUUAUCACUAAUUUUACUAAAGCAAAGUCGGAGACUAAUGACAGAUAACGGUGAAAAAUUGAAACUUCCGCGAUAAAAUAUAAUAGAAAAGUUUAAGGUCAGUUAAUGAAUGAGGCAUUUACACUAUACUAUUUGCGCCCGGUGACACCCUGCAUCACCCAUCAAUAACAACUAUCAUAAGUGCAAUAUUACGACCAUGACAAGAAAGUAGAUAGUGUACAGAUUUUUUAGUAUAUCUUAUACGUUAAGAAGUGCAGUUAGGUAUGUCCAAAACAAAAGCCUCUGUUGUAAAAACACAUAUAGUAUAUUUAAUGACUGAAAUAUAAUACACAUAUUUAAGAAAAUCAAAAACAUUAUUCCCGAUAUUUUAAAUACAUUGUUUGAAUUCUCAGACCUGGGCCACUUGUAACAAUACUGUUAAAUGGGGAAAGUUGUUUUUUUGCAACGAUUUGUACUAGUUUAAGUAGGACCUCAAUUUAUGUUAGGUAACUAGGCAUUAUUACAUAUUAUAUAAAUUCAAUUAAAUAUGUACAUUUUUGUUAACUAAUGUAUAUUUUGUUGUUGACUAAACUUAGUUGUUUCUUUUUAUGGCGGUAAGGCCAGUUCUUUUUUACCAACAGGUCUACUUCUUAAAUAUUGCUGACUUAUUUUUUAAGAAUAAAUAAACAAUAUAUAAAUUAA